CGAACCAUUAAACACUUGAGUCAUGCCUUGAUAUGCUCAUAUUUUAGUUUGUCAUAUUCACUAUAACUAUAAAUUUCAAUACAAUUUCUAAAACUCAUCAUCAUUCAAGAGAGAUACAAAUACCUUGAUAUCCUUUUAUCAUCAAUGGAGUUAUUCAUAAAGUUACCAUUUAUCCAACCAAUUCCUUUCAGUAUUAUUCUUGUUACUACAGUUUCGAUUGUUCUAUUAUACAGUGUCUUCUUCUGGGUUACUGAUAAGAAAAAGAAGAGGAAGAAAGCACCAAAUGCUGCAGGGGCAUGGCCGUUAAUAGGUCAUCUCCGUCUAUUGAUGAACGACAAGGAACCGUUGUAUAGAGCACUAGGGAGCAUGGCUGAUAAGUACGGACCUGCAUUCAACAUCCGAUUAGGUAACCAAGAAGUUCUUGUUGUGAGUAACUGGGAGAUGGUAAAACAGUGUUUUGGUAAUCAAAAUGAUAAGCUAUUUUCGAAUCGUCAAACUACAUUAGCUGCAAAAUACAUGCUUAAUCAAACAACUUCUAGCGGAUUCGCACCAUAUGGACCAUAUUGGAGAGAGCUACGAAAGAUAAUGGUGCAGCAAUUACUCUCUAAACAAUCUUUAGAAUCGUGGAAACAUCUGAAAAUCAAAGAGAUGGAUGCUUCAUUUAGUAAACUUAACGAGUUAUGCAACAACAACGGUACUGGAACAGCUACCCUAAUUAGGAUGGACGAAUGGUUUGCUGAGUUGACGUUCAACGUGAUCGCAAGAAAUGUCUUUGGCUACCAAAGUGGCGGAAGGUCGACAGCGCUUACGAACGGAGAUACGGAAUCAAAGGGCGAGAGGUACAAGAAAACAUUGGAAGAAGCACUUCAUCUUAUGUCAAUUUUUGCAGUUUCAGACAUAUUUCCAAGUCUAGAGUGGGUAGAUCGGUUAAGAGGCCUUAUAAGGAAUAUGAAACGCUUUGGAGAUGAGCUAAAUUCAAUUGCAGGGUGUCUUAUUGAAGAGCACCGCCAAAAGAGAUUACAAUCCGUAUCUAAAAGUGAUAAAGGAGUUGGUGAUGAACAAGACUUCGUUGAUGUUCUCUUAUCGGUUGCUGAAAAAUCGCAACUUCCUGGAGAUGACCCUGAUUUGGUCAUCAAGUCUAUGAUUCUGGAAAUCGUAUCAGGUGGGAGUGAGACCACAUCGUCAACCUUAACUUGGGCCCUCUGUCUGUUACUGAACCAUCCGCAUGUGUUAAAGAAGGCAAAAGAGGAAUUAGAUACGCACGUAGGAAAAGAUAGGCAUGUAGAAGAGUCAGAUACCCCUAAGCUCGUGUACAUUAAUGCAAUUAUCAAAGAAUCAAUGCGAUUGUAUCCAAACGGGGCAAUGCUUGAUCGGUUGGCGUUAGAAGAGUGCGAAGUUGGUGGAUUUCAUGUACCGGCCGGGGGACGCUUAUUUGUCAAUGUUUGGAAGAUUCAGAGAGAUCCGAGUGUUUGGGAGAAUCCUCUGGAGUUUAAACCAGAGAGGUGGUUUUUGAGUAAUGGUGAAAAGAUGGAUGUGGAUUACAAAGGUCACAAUCAUGAAUUCAUACCAUUUGGGAUAGGUCGGAGGAUGUGCGCUGGUAUGCUUUGGGCAUCGGAGGUGAUUCAUUUGGUGCUGCCCCGUCUUAUUCAUGGGUUUGAUAUGAAAGCAGCAAGUGCCAAUGGGAAAGUAGAUAUGGCAGAAAUGGCAGGCAUGGUGAUUUGUUUUAAGAAGACACCUCUUGAAGUUAUGGUCAAUCCUCGAGAGUAGAUGUUUUUUUUCCUUUUGCAUAGUUUAUAUAUUGAAAAUGUAGGCCAAGCUAGCAACCUGUCGUACAUUUGACACAAGAUUUUUAAGUUCGUCACCAUGUUAAAAGUCUGUUUGUUUGGUUUUUUCUCAUAGAAAUUUUAAUUUAUGCUCCUCUAAUUUGUUUCUUAUCAUACGA